AUGUCCCCCACAGCUGCUCUUCAAGCCCGCUUGAAGGCGCUGUCGGCUACGAUAGGUCAGAUCCAGCCUCUGAUUGACCAACUCCGGAAUUUCACACCCACCGAGAAUGGUGAUGAAGCUCGCUUGGAGCUCGGAGCGGAGAUUCAUGCGGGCCUUAAAGAUGCCGAGGACGGACUUGAGCUGCUGCGGAUUGAGGUAGAAGCUAUAGACUCAAGCUCUGAUACUAGGAGAAGACAGUCAGUGGCGACCGGUGAGAAAGAGGCAGAGAAAGAGCGUGUCGUGACAAUGGCGGGGCGGUUGGCGGAGGACCUUAAGAAGACUCGAGGAGACUUUCGGAAUGCCCAAUUACAAUCUAAGCGCCAAAUGGAGCUUGCUAAGCGGAAGGAGCGCGAGCUGCUGUUGUCCCGAUCGCAAUCGGCUUCGGAGCGUCAGAAUAAGCCAUCAGAACAUCUCACACAGGAUGAUUUAGCGCUGAAUGCAUCAAAUGAUGUUACUGCUGCUCUACGCAGAACACAUCAACUGAUGCAAACUGAACUUUCCCGAAGCCAAUUUGCUCAAGAGACUCUCGAACAAUCAACCGCCGCUAUAUCAUCUUUGUCUGAAUCUUACACUAGUCUUGACACCCUCCUGGCUUCAUCUCGUACCCUCGCCAACUCUCUUCUCCGCUCCCAGAAAUCAGAUACUUGGUACCUUGAAACUGCUUUUUAUAUUCUUAUCGCGACAAUCUCGUGGUUAGUCUUCCGACGGAUUUUCUACGGACCUCUCUGGUGGCUAGUCUGGCUGCCGUUCCAAUUCAUUAUGCGCUUCGUAUUCGCCAUAUUUGGUGUGAUUGGCCUCACAAGUACAAAGUCUCUGCAGCCUUCAUCUAACUCGAUUGCUGCUGAUAUCUCUGCUACUAUGCAAGAGGCUGCUGCAUCUUUCACAGGUGGCGCCGUGCCAGAGAACAACGAUCAGGCUUUACAAGAAGAGGAAGAUCGACUCAUUGACAAGAUCGGGGAGAUGGUUGAGGAGGGACAAGAGCAGAAAGACAUGAGUCUCGAUGAAAUACUGGCUGAGGAAAGGCACCGCCAAGAAGAUCACCCUCGGAAUCCUAAAAAGAGGAUGAUGGAAGGAGAACGAGAUGUGCUAAGGGAUGAACUAUAG